CAGUCAGCCAGAACAGACAGAACAUCAGUUUACUUUUCUGUUUUCUCUUUGGUCUACAGGACUCCACUAAAUUCGCAAUCGCUCGAUGGCUUUAUUGUUUGAAUUGAAGUUAUUUGAAAAUGGCUUCCUUUAAUAAUCAUAGAACAGAAAUAAAACAAGAAGAAUUGUGUAGAACAUGUUUGUCUAAGGAUAAUCAAUUAUUGUCGCUAUUUGAUGAACUUACUGGAACUACUACAACUUUAGAUUACAUAGUUACUACAACAACUGGACUUAAGAUAAGCAGAAAUGAUGGUUUACCUUCAACAAUAUGCUUGGAGUGCAAAGAAAAGGCUACAAUUGCAUUUGAUUUUAAGAAAAAGUCUGAAGAGUCUAAUUUGUCUCUUAGAGGAUUUAUUAAGAAAGAAAAGAAAGAGACCUACACAGUAACCAAAAAAACAAACCAUACUGAUAUGUCAGGGGUGAAAACUGAAGAUUUGUCACAUGAUUUACAUGAGGUUGAUGAUUUUGAUGAUAAUAAUUUCAACACUCUUGAUAGUGGUCCGGAUUUAUGUGAGCUUGAUACUGUUAAAACAGAAAUUGAAGUUCCUGAUCUAAAAUUACGCUUUGUUUGCAAAAGUUGCCUGGCUGACUUCGACUCACUUGACAAAUUAAAAGAUCAUGAAAAAAUCUGUAUCAAAGUGGAGUGUGAUGAGACUAAUCGGACCUACUGCCCUCUCUGUGGUACAUGCUAUAAUGGCGCUGGAAACUUAACAAAACACAUGUGGGAAAGUCAUGCUGAUCUAAUGGGACCAAAAAAGAGAGGCCGGCCAAAGAAGGUAUUGACAAGUACUAUUCUUAACAAAUUAUCUGAAAAUGGAUUUUGUAUAACAUCAAUGCCUGCGAAAAAAAUUGAAUGUGCAUUCUGCAAAGAGCAUUUUGAAACCAAAGAAGAAUUAGGAUCUCACGUAAUAUCUCAUAAAGAUACAAAAGUUUUGCGUUGUGGACUAUGCAAGAAAACAUACCUUAAUAAGGAAAACUUUGAUCUUCAUGUUUGUGUUGAUGAAAAAGAAGACAGCGAAAAUGAAAGUAACAAAGGCGAGCAGAAUGAAAUUAAGGAAAAAGUACCAUUAGAAAUGACACUACGACAAAUUUUGGAACCAAACGUCGAUGUGGAGAAUUUCAACUUACUUCUAGUAUGUAGUGCGUGCAACUGCAUACUGCAAUCAGAAGCGGAUCUCAUUAACCAUCGCGAUGCUGAACACCCUGAACUAUCCCAUCGCUGCAAUCUGUGUACCAAGGUAUUUGCAACGUUACGCUCUGCUGCGCGACAUAGAAGCAUUUGUAAACAAAUUGAAAGAAAACAUAAGUGUACCACGUGUGGCUUGAAGUUUGCGUAUCAAAUAUCUUUAAAUAAACAUAUACUAAGAUAUCAUGAGGGCCAAAGUGUGUCAGUGAAAUUUAUAGACUCAAAAACCAAACGCGAUGAAAGCCAAUAUCAAUGUGAUACCUGCAAAAGAAGCUUUACCAAGAGAGAAUUACUUGUAAAGCAUACUAAAAUACACAUGCCAAUUGAAAACUACUUUGAAUGUGAUGUCUGUGAAAAGAAGUUCCACCGGAGAGACAACUUACGCUCUCACAAACGAGUGCAUGACCUGCACCGUGAUAAGAAAUCAACAAAUAACUGUUUAUGCCUUUACUGUGGCCGCAGUUUCUCGAAUUCUUCAAAUUUAAUUGUGCAUAUGCGACGACAUACCGGAGAGAAGCCCUACAAAUGUGAUUUCUGUGGCAAAGGAUUUCCAAGAUCUUCUGAUCUUCAAUGCCAUAGAAGGUCUCAUACGGGAGAGAAACCUUGUGUCUGUCGUGUUUGUGGCAAAGGUUUUUCGCGCAGCAACAAGUUGUCUCGUCACAUGCGUGUGCAUACUGGCCAAAGGCCAUACAAAUGCACUUAUUGCGAAAAGGCAUUCUCACAGAGUAACGAUCUCAACUUGCACAUACGUCGACACACGGGAGAUCGACCCUACAUCUGCGAAGUCUGCGGUGACAGAUUCAUUCAGGGUACAGCAUUACAAAACCACAGACGAGCUCAUGGUCACUUUCCUGCGCCCCCUGCUGAAACACCAUCUAAUGUACAGUCUUUGGCUUACACAGUUCAGGCUAUAAAUCCUAAUACUCAAUAAAUGUAGUUCUGUCACCAUAUGUAUUAUAACAAUAAUUGUCAGUGGCAUGGCUGUUCAAUCUGUAAAUGGACAGAUAUUAAAGAUAAUGUAGGUAGGCUGAUGUUGAAUGGGUUUCCUAUAUCUGAUUUCUGUAUCCAGAUGAUCAAGUUUUAUUCAUAUCAUCUGAGGAACAGAUUGUAAAUGGAUUGUACAAGGUGAAUGGAAUGAAAGUUAUGUAAAAAAAUGGAAGUAUCGGUUUUCUUAUUUGGUCAAGAUAAGGUGCGUCUGAGAAUAGUUUUUCAAGACAAAGGUAUUCUAGUGCCAACACUAAUUUAUAUGAGAGUACUUUUUUUGAGAAGUAAAUACGGGAUACAAGGCGAACACCUUGUUUGAUAGACUUGAUAAGAAAACUUUCGGUAUAAAAGAUGGUGUCGUGAUGAAAAUCAAGAAAGCUAUGCUUAGCAGGUGGUUUGGAAAUGUCGAGAGAAUGGAAAGGUUUGUAAAAAGGAUCUGAGAAGUAAAGCAGGCUUGCACUAUCUUAAGAGAAGUACAUAAUGCCAGUACAUAUUUGAGAUAUUCUCGGGAGAAGGGUCGGCGUACUAUUAUCUGCUUCGCUUGUCCCCAGAUGUAUGAAGUAUAUUUUGUGAAGGAAACUAAAGACGCCUUGAACGAAGUGGGUAGGUAAUGCUCGGGAUUCCACGACUGCUAUGCGCCAAUAACCAUAUGGUUUAUGUAUGUAUGAAUUCGCAAUAAUACAAAACUAAUCAAUAAUUGAUAAUUUAUAGUUAUUUAAACUACUUUAAUUGGUGAUUUCAAGAUCAUAAUAUUGUUGUGAUCUCAUCACUUAUCUGAUAGAGGCAUGAAAGAAAUUUGCAACGUCUGUUAGCUGUUUGAAAAAUAUGCAUCUGCAUAAAAAUAUAUGUAAGGGGAACAAUCGACGUGACUGUCAAGGAAAUCUCCUGGGGUUGGGGUUCCCGAGAGGGACAAAGAUUUUGAGCUAUUCUUUAAUUUUUUUUUAUUAUGGAGUCAGAUACCGCUGAAUGGUAAUAGAGCUCACACAUGGCACUGUAUCGCACCUUAGGACACUGGAUUCUUAUAUACAACAGGUACAGAAUAAAUGUCACGUAAAAUUUAAGUGCACCUUUGUCUAAUUCAAUCUGUGUAAAUAAAGGGUAAGAUUUUAUGUAAUAAGUAAAACCGAACAUUUGAAGUUCUGUAUCCAUUUGUCUUUUAUGUCUAUCAAUGUACUGAUGUAAAAUGGAAGUAAUCAUAAUUAUGUAUCUCGUAAAAUUGCAUACUCACACAAUAAUUACUACUGAAUUGCACAUGAAAUAAGAAACUCUUGUUGUAAAUAAACGCAUUAUAUUUUAUUUACCUCGCUGAUCCUCGGUGACGACGCGUGGUUUCAAUUUUAAUAUUAUAACUGAAGUAUUUAUAAAUCUUUUCGUUGCAGGAAAAUCGAAACAGGAUAACUGAAUAUAGUCGUUUUUGUAUUUAUAUAUUUUUUAUUUAUUUAUCUAUAAUGAAAUUGAAGCUAUAUUUUAUUAAUUAUCAUAAGUAUUAUGAAAUAAUAUGUGACUUGUUGUACUACACGUACUACGUUUACCAUUAUUAUUUUUUAUGUUUGUUGUUGUCAUCUAUAAGUCACUUCAUUAACUUUGGCGAGGCGUACUCCAACGGAUGGUUGAUGAUUUUAUAACUAAUUUUAUUAAAAUGUACCAAUCCUCUCUGCUCUGUUGCCAUAUUUAUAAAAAAUAUGUAUAUUAUUAAUUAUGAAUUAUGUAUUUUUAUUCCUAAGUACUGUUUUCACAAGUUUUAAAUUUGUCUACACUAUGCCUUCUUCAGCUGAAAAUAAUCAUUAUAAUAUAUGAAAUAUUAUGUAACUAGUACACUACAUAAUAUUAUCUAUCUAUAAAGUAUUAUCUGUAUCAUUAAUAGUAGUGACAUUAAAUCUAUUAAAAAAAUGCA